UAUAUAACCGCGCCGCCGCAGGGCGCACAACGGAGCGCCGCACGCCACUUGCGCCUGACUGGCUGUCAAGAGCGACAGUACGUUUGGAUUCGUCCACUACGAACAUGGCCCCGGUCGAUGAUGCAGUGUGUGCAGAAGACGCCAACAACGAGGUGAAGGGAAGUACUACUACAGUACUGAAGGGUUUGGAGACCAUCGCUCCUCUGGUCCGCUCUGUCGCGGAGACCCCUGAUCCAAUCCCUGCUGAGGUACAAGGGACAAUUCCCCCUUGGAUCAGUGGCAGCCUGCUCAGAAAUGGCCCGGGAAAGUUUGAGUUCGGAGACACUCACUUUAACCACUGGUUUGACGGGAUGGCCAUGCUCCACAAGUUCAAGAUAGAGAAAGGCCAGGUGACGUACACGAGUCGGUUCCUGCGCAGCGACGCGUACAAGAAGAACAGCGAGCGGGACCGUAUCAUGGUGUCAGAAUUUGGUACCGUCACGAUGCCCGACCCUUGUAAAAACAUAUUCCAGCGAUUCUUCUCUCGCUUUGAGAUGAUACAGCCCACAGACAAUGGCAAUGUCAACUUCAUCAAAUACAAGGGAGACUACUACGUCAGCACAGAGACCAACUUGAUGCACAAAGUAAACCCAGAGAAUCUAGAAACAUUGGAACAGGUUGACUGGAGCAAGUUCGUUGCUGUUAACGGAGCCACCGCCCACCCUCACUACGACCCCGAUGGUACCUGCUUCAAUAUGGGCAACUCCUAUGGAGGAAAAGGAACCACAUACAACAUCAUUAGUGUACCUCCUGAGAAGUCAAACGCCGACGACACCCUGCAAGGAGCCCGAAUUCUCUGUUCCAUUGCGCCUGCAAACAAGUCCCACCCCUCCUACUACCACAGCUUCGCCAUGUCGGAGAACUACGUGGUGUUCAUUGAGCAGCCGAUUAAAAUAGACCUGAUGAAGAUAGUCACGUGUAAGAUGAGGGGCAAGGCCUUUUGCGACGCCAUUUACUGGGACCCCAAGCUGGAAACCAUCCUGCAUCUUAUUGACAAACAUACAGGCGAGGUGCGAGCUCGCAGUCAGGUUUGGCGGCUCACCCGAUUGGAGUCUAAUAAUGCGCUCUCCUCUCCUCAGGCCAGCCCAGUGAAGUUCUACACCAAAGCUUUCUCCAACUUCCAUCAGAUCAACGCCUUUGAAGAGGAUGGGCUCUUGAUGCUGGACCUCUGUUGCUCAGACGGCAGCCAAGCCCUCGACAUCUACUCCCUUCAGAAUUUACGCAAGUCGGGAGAAGCGCUAGAUGAGGUUUACAAAGACAUGAGCAGAGUUUUCCCUCGCCGCUUUGUUUUACCGCUUCACGUGACUGAUGACACGCCGGCCGACCAAAACCUGAACACUCGUCCUUCCAGUACAGCAACAUGUGUUAAAGAGAGCAACGCAAGAGUAUUCUGCCAACACGAAGAUCUCCAUGGCGAUGACCUUUCCCACUACGGCGGUCUGGAGUUCCCUCACAUCAACUACGAGCGAUACAACACGAGGCCUUAUCGUUAUUUCUACGGAUGCGGCUUCAGACACAUGUUCGGAGACUCACUUCUCAAGAUGGACCUCAACGACAAGACGCUAAAGUUCUCCAGGCUCUGCUUAGUAUUAAUUGCUGCUUUUCAUGCCCACGUGACCUCAGGUCUGGCACCAGAAGGGUCUCUUCCCGUCGGAGCCGGCGUUUGUGCCCUCACCGGACGCCGUGGAGGAGGACGACGGCGUCAUCCUCUCUGUGAUUCUCGCCCCCUCGCAGGAUGAAGGCACGUUCCUCCUGGUUUUGGAUGCCAAGACGUUUGAGGAGUUGGGCAGAGCAAAUGUGCCUGUCAAUAUGCCUUAUGGCUUCCAUGGCGUCUUCAGGGCAUCUGCUUGAAUGAAUCUGUCCUAACAUGUUUUCUUAAUAACGAUAUUCAUAAUAUUAACUACGUUGACUGAUAACUUUUAUAAUGAUGGUACUGGACUGAUUUGCUGCUUAAUGCCUUACAAAUAUAUUUUGCUGUUACCAACCGGAUGCAAAUGAAUACAUUUCUUAUAGUGUUCAGUUAUUAUUAUUAUUUUUUUAAAUUCGUUGCACAACUUUUGUGCGACCACAAAACUGCCAUAGUUUGCACCAGGAAAUGCCAACGAAAGCCUUUUACAUAUACAUGUCUGUUUUGUUUUUUUAAAUUCAAUAUCAUUUGAAAGUUGCUUUUUUUCACUUUGACUUUGUUAUAAAAUUCUGAUACCAUUUAAAA